GGCUUCCCGAGGAGACUCAGAAACUCACCCACACAAGAAAGACUCUAGCAGAGAAGGCAAUUUCUGCUUGCACAUAUGGGAUGGUCUGGAGGGAUUGAGGAUUUCAAUUGAGCGACAUCACAAAGCUCCGUCUGAUGAAUGUGAUUUUCGUGCACUUGUAUUAGCGUUUCUCUACUGACGAGGAGGAGAAUCAAAUAUAUCGCAUGCUCUCUAUCGUGCUUCUAGAGCGGGCGGGCGUCGAUUACGCAAGUUAAAUACAAUGUCUCUGCCCCCUGCGUGUUCGGCCACUUCCACUUCGAGGUUAAGCGACUCCGUGUACGAACUUUACAACCCAGGAGUUGAAUCGGUGCUGGACGUUGUAUUCUUUCACGGCCUACAAUCGUCACACACCUCUGUACCUCACUUAUCGACAUGGAUAUCAAGCGGUUCUCACAAGGAAGUAUGGCCGCAGACCUGGAUCCCGCAAAAGUUUCCGGGAGCUCGGAUUCUCUCUGUCGAGUACGAUGCUUCUAUCAGUACAUCACCAACGCAUGGAAGAUUAGACCUCUACCUCACAGCCGAAAGUUUGAUGUAUAAUCUUAUAAUUGCGAAGGUGGGGCAGCAUCCUUGGCGUCCAGUUAUACUCGUCGGUCAUAGUUACGGAGGCCUUGUGAUCAAACAAUUGUGCGUCCAAGCACACUUCAGCGAAAGCUUGCACCGCUCUGACAAACAAAUAGCUCGCUUUCUCAACUCCGUCACAGGAAUUUUCUUCUAUGGAACGCCGCACCAUGGAAGUUCAUCAUUCUUCACUCCAAAUGGAACAAAACUAAAGGACGCUAGCCCUCUACUCGACUAUGUCAAGCUGCUUUGUGCAGAAUCAGGUCGCCUUCAUGAAUAUUUUGAUGCUUUACGUGUGUACUACAAGUGGAGCAUUGCCGGAGUCGGAGAAUCGAGACCUACUACGUUCAUGCUAGAUGCAGAGUCUCAGAAUGCUGUUGCAGUUAGCCGUGAGAUGAUUGUAGUUGAGGCUUCAGCUCGGUACGGCGACUUCACUCUGGAGCAUGAGGAUCAUAUCUCUCUCUGCCAGCCCAAGAGCAUGACUUCAAAUACUUACAUACGAUUGACAUCGUUCCUGCAAAGGUUACAAAGCAAUAAGGUGAACAGGAGAAGACUUCCUGAUAAUCUCCAGACGGUGCCGAAAAUGGCUAUGAGCCUACAUUCUGACUUACUUGUAGAGGUUCAAAACAUUUUACACAAAGGUCCAGCAGCAGUUGCUCUUUGCGGCAUGGGAGGAGUAGGGAAAACAACUCUCGCAAAGCUGUUGUUCAAUGAGUUGUGUGCUGAAUAUGAAUACACUUGUUUCAUUCCGAGAUGUACGGACAUGAAAAAUACCAAGGAGAUAGAAGACAAAGUGUAUUCCUCGAUGCAUCAUCUUGGCAAACAGCUUACACAAGGAGUGGAAAAAUGGAAUCCGACUGAUUUGAGACAGCAAACACUUCUCCUUGUUCUGGAUGACAUUGACAAUGGUAGUCAUGUUGCAUUUCUCCAGGACAUAGUUUCGAAGAACGAUUGCGCAAACAGUCGUUACAUUGUUACCUGUAGAGAUAGAAACAUUUUGAACAGUUUAGAUUCACGCGUGUUUGAUGUGAAAUUCUUGAAUCCCGAGAGCUCCACAAAGUUAUUUAUGAGCUACGCAUUUCCGUAUCCGACCGAACCGAGUCCUUCACUGAAGGAAUGGGUACACAAGAUCGUCGCGAAAUGUGAUGGACUACCAUUAACCCUAGAGGUGAUAGGCACGUAUCUAAAGACAAAAGUCAGUGAAAGCAUAUGGGUACAGUGUUUCCAAGCUCUGGUUGAAGCAAAGAACGUAGUGAGUCUGGAUGAGAAGUUGUGGGCGAAAUUGAGAGUUUCUUACGACCGUUUGGGUAGUGAGGAGAAAGAAAUGUUCCUUGAUGCUGCGUCAUUCUUCAGCAAGUCCACCUGGAACCUGCGAGAAGCUAAGGCUUGCUGGCGUGUGCUGUAUGACUCGGAAGAUCUCCGAUGGCAGACUCUGGUAGACUUGUCUCUUGUCUACAAUGUAAUGGAAGAGGAAAGUAUACAAAUGCAUGAGCAAUUAAGGUCUCUCGGAAUUAGAUUGGCUUCAGGAUGGGGAACAGGUGGCAGAUGUAGGACUUGGACUCCCGAAAAUGUCCCUUCGAGGUUUAAAUCCUCAAACUUCAUUAAGAGGAUUGCAGAAAGACUGUUCUAUUCCAAUGAUACAGGCUCAUCAAGCACUGAUAUGGGAACACAUAUUGAGGAGGUCAUAGCGCUACGAAUAAGUAUGGGAACACCUAAGUAUGAGGUACGAGAUUAUGUUACUUCGACUUUCAAGGGGAUCAUACCGCUAGGACAUGAACACUCGAUGCUCCUCGACUUGAGAGAUAUUGGCCAAAUGAAGAAGCUGCAAUACUUGGAUUCCGAGGUAUUCAUGCGGAAUGAAGUAGGUGGCAAGCUUCCAAAGAAUGUGACCCUUCUUCGACUCCGUGGAGAAGUGAACAUUCUUCAUAACCUGGUAGACCGAGGGCUUGCGAGAAGUUUGGCUGUUCUGGACUUGAGGGCACCGCUCACAUGUUUGCCAACAACCGUCAGCGACUUUCAAAACCUUGAAGUUAUGAAAUUCGCAGAAUGCCUCUUCGAAGGUCUUCCCGAAGCAUUCGGACAACUUUCCAGGCUUCGUCAUCUUACAUUUAGCUGCUGCGUGAGACUUCGUUCACUCCCCGAAGCUUUUGGAGGGCUCUCACAACUGCGGUCUUUGGAACUUCAUUGGUGUAGGAGUUUGAAAGCAUUGCCGGACAGGUUCGGAAAUCUGUCCCAGCUACAAAGCCUGAUAAUAAGAUGCAGUGAUAUCUCAAAACUGCCUGAGAGCUUCGGAAAUCUGUCCCAGCUACAAAGCCUGAUAAUAUAUAGGAGUCCAAUCUCAGAACUGCCUGAGAGCUUCGGAAAUCUGUCCCAGCUACAAAGCCUGGAAAUAGAUGACAGUCCAAUCUCAGAACUGCCUGAGAGCUUCGGAAAUCUGUCCCAGCUACAAACCCUGACAAUAUAUAGGAGUGAUAUCUCAAAACUGCCUGAGAGCUUCGGAAAUCUGUCCCAGCUACAAAGCCUGAUAAUAAGAUGGAGUGAUAUCUCAAAACUGCCUGAGAGCUUCGGAAAUCUGUCCCAGCUACAAACCCUGACAAUAUAUAGGAGUGAUAUCUCAAAACUGCCUGAGAGCUUCGGAAAUCUGUCCCAGCUACAAAGCCUGAUAAUAAGAUGGAGUGAUAUCUCAAAACUGCCUGAGAGCUUCGGAAAUCUGUCCCAGCUACAAACCCUGGAAAUAUAUCAGAGUGAUAUCUCAAAACUGCCUGAGAGCUUCGGAAAUCUGUCCCAGCUACAAAGCCUGGAAUUAUCUAGAGCGAGAAUCUCAAAACUGCCUGAGAGCUUCGGAAAUCUGUCCCAGCUACAAAGCCUGGAAAUAUCUAGAGGGAAAAUCUCAGAACUGCCUGAGAGCUUCGGAAAUCUGUCCCAGCUACAAAGCCUGGAAAUAUCUAGAGCGAAAAUCUCAAAACUGCCUGAGAGCUUCGGAAAUCUGUCCCAGCUACAAAGCCUGGAAAUAUCUAGAGCGAAAAUCUCAAAACUGCCUGAGAGCUUCGGAAAUCUGUCCCAGCUACAAAGCCUGGAAUUAUCUAGAGCGAAAAUCUCAGAACUGCCUGAGAGCUUCGGAAAUCUGUCCCAGCUACAAAGCCUGGAAAUAUCUAGAGUGAAAAUCUCAGAACUGCCUGAGAGCUUCGGAAAUCUGUCCCAGCUACAAAGCCUGGAAAUAUCUAGAGCGAGAAUCUCAAAACUGCCUGAGAGCUUCGGAAAUCUGUCCCAGCUACAAAGCCUGGAAAUAUCUAGAGCGAGAAUCUCAAAACUGCCUGAGAGCUUCGGAAAUCUGUCCCAGCUACAAAGCCUGGAAAUAAGAUGGAGUGAUAUCUCAAAACUGCCUGAGAGCUUCGGAAAUCUGUCCCAGCUACAAAGCCUGGAAAUAUAUCAGAGUGAUAUCUCAGAAUUGCCUGAGAGCUUCGGCGAUCUCGCUAGUCUGCGGGUCCUGGAGCUUGGUAUGUGCAGACUCCAAGCCUUGCCGGAUACUUUUGGGCAGCUUUCACAGUUGUCGCACUUGACGAUGCAGGGCUGCACCAUCAUCCAAAAAUUCCCGGAAUCGUUCGGCAAUCUGGCCAACCUGUCCACAUUGGACAUCAUCAACUGUCCCUUUCUUAACUACUUCGGGGUUCCGAAGAGCACCGAAGUAGACAUUCGAGGAAGAAGGAUGAUAUGAAGAGAUGUUCGCCCUUGAGUUAUUCGAGCGGAGCGUAGCGUUUGGAGUAGAACAACUUCACGUGGAGUCUUUUUUGGAGUGGUUGUGAAGGUUAUGUUACCAAUCAAUAUUCACAUGUUUUCUAGUGUGGAAAAAUAGGUCAAUUUCACUAGAAGAACUCAAGUUUUAGUUUUGUUCAUGUUCGAAAGUAGUUCAGUGAGUGGUGGUGCGAUCUUUACACUUGGUCGCAAUUGACCAUAAUUUGGUGAUUUGGAGGACGGGAGAAGUUUUGUCGACGUAAUCAAGGUUCUCGUGAGAUUGUAAUCUAGUUGUAGUUUGGAAGUGCAGGUGAGAGAAUCGCUUGAUUAUAAUGUGCAAGGAACUGGUAGAGGAAAAUUCGAGUUCGGUUUUGGCCUUUAGACUUAGGCCGGAGCAAUCGAGUUGAUUUGCCUCUGUUUCUUCAGCAGUGGGCAGUGCCGGUUACGUGAGGGUCACUUUGCAUUGGGCAUGGAUGUUGGAGCCUUCGAUCAGCAACUGAACUUGAAUUCGCGAGAUGGGCCUAUCCCGGGGAUCUAUUGAGAGUUGUUAGUGGGGCGGAAGUUUUGGGAUUUCUGUGUUCGGAUGGCUAUGGCUCUUCGAUCUAUAGUGGGGUCCCAAUUGUACAGUUCUGCAAAGGAGUGAUGAAAGCAGCGGAGUGAAGGUUGGCAGAGAAAAGAGCGCUCUAUUCGUAAGCGUCGGAGUUGAGUCUUGGUGAAGAUUCAAAGUGGUGAACCACAGUAAUCUGGCCUUUGGUGCCAGAUUGGACCCUGUCAUGUCAUCCAGAUGAACGUCGUGGGUAUUUUGCUUUAUCUCU